AUGUCCAGCCCCAAGUCGCAAGACCAGUCAGGCGUUGACUCGUCGCCGGACCUGAGUCCGCGGACAUCUGUUUCGAGUUCGCCGCCAAGUUCGCCGUCGUUGUUGCCGCGUAUCAACGAAAAGGAAGACGACGCUGCGUUUUCCUCUGACUCUGACGUUUGGUCGUUGGGUUCUGACAGGGACCUUAACGCGCCGGAAAUGCUGGUGAUACCGUCGGAUUCGUAUUUCUCACAGCACAGAGAGUCGUUUGGCGAGCUCAGAGGCCGCUCCGCAUUAGACACACCGUUCUCCUCGAAGAAGGGACGACGCCCAAGCGACCUUUCUGUAAAAUCAAAUACGGACUACCCAAAUUACACAGAGAGCGAUAACGAGUACACGAAAACACCCAUCAGAACGGGCCGCAGACGGAGCAGCACGCCACAGAACAAGCGGUCGGGAACCUCGCGGUCCAGAACUAGAGACGGCGCGUCAGAGUCCGGGUCCGGGUCUGAAAUUUCACAAACUGCAAAGAUCUUCAAAAACCUGCUCAUUUUGGAGGAGUCGUUGCGCCAGCAGAACAUCGAGCAAAAACGACUCCGACGCAAGUACCUGUCAUUUUUGAUGUCUAUGAGUGCGGUGUUGGUGUUUUGCGGCUACAGACUGACCUCCGACCAAGACAAUAGCUACAUUCGACUUGCAACCCAAAUAGUGUUCAUUAUUGACUUUGUCACGUUGCUAUUAUUUUAUCUGAGUGGAGAGUACAACCGCACGAUUGUGCGGCCGCGGAAGUUUGUGGUGAUCACCAACAAGGGGUUGCGACAGCUGAACAUCCGUUUGGUGAAGGUGAGGAUUGGGAUUUUGGAUUUCUUACUAGUUGAGCUCAAGUCGUGCUUUUUGAUUCCGAUUCGACUCCUGAAACUACAAACGCUGUAUUUCGGCCGUGUUCUAAACCUGAGCUCGUUCGGCAAGCUGCGCAACUGGCUUGCCGACCUCGAAAUCAAGCUGGCUACUGCUAACGCGGGAGUCACCGACGUGAAGGUUGUUCUGAACCCGCGCGUCUUCACGACCGACAUCCGUGAACAGUGGGAGCUAUACAGAAACGAGUUCUGGAACAAAGAAACCAUCCGUCGCCGCAAAAUGAUGGGUAGAGAGCGCAAGGAUCGAUAG